AGGGUGAAACUUUGGAGAGAAACGAGACGGGGUUCGUGGGUGCAUCAGCAUCUAUCGACGAGACUCGACGAAAAGGUCAUCUCCUCGCUAAUCGAGCGUGUACCGGUCAGUCAAGUGCAACAACUAGCAAGAUGAAGAUGGCGGACGGACCUACAAUCUUGCGAAGAAACAGGCCCGGAACAAAGGCAGAGGACUUCAGUAGGUGGCCUGAUGAGCCGUUUGAAGAAAUGGAUAGCACGCUAGCUGUACAGCAAUAUAUUCAACAAAUGAUCAGAAGAGAUCCAUCUAAUAUUGAAUUAAUACUUAAUAUGCCGGAAGCUAAUGAUGAAGGAGUAUGGAAGUAUGAACAUCUCAGACAAUUCUGCAUGGAGCUUAAUGGUUUGGCAGUGAGAUUACAAGAAGAAUGUCAUCCUGAAACGUGCACACAAAUGACAGCUACAGAACAGUGGAUAUUUUUAUGCGCUGCGCAUAAAACUCCUAAGGAAUGUCCUGCAAUUGAUUACACUCGGCACACGCUGGACGGAGCGGCGUGUUUACUCAACAGUAACAAAUAUUUUCCUAGCAGAAUCAGCAUCAAGGAAUCUUCUGUAGCUAAACUUGGCUCCGUCUGCCGUAGGGUUUACAGAAUCUUCUCACAUGCAUAUUUCCACCAUAGAACAAUAUUCGAUGAAUUUGAAAAUGAGACUUUUCUUUGUCGCAGGUUUACCUCAUUUGUGACAAAAUAUAAUCUGAUGUCAAAGGAUAAUUUAAUAGUACCUAUUAUGGAAGGUGAUGGCGCAACGGAAAGCGAAGCAUAGGACUUAACAUUGCGAUCAUAUUGUCCAAAGUCGAAUUGCCAGAUUUAGUAGGAAAAGUUGAUAAUUUUCACAUUUAACAUUUUAAUACUUUAUGGCAAAUAUAAAUAUGACAAAGGUCUUUGAAUAAGGUCAGUAAAUUUGCUCUUACUUAAAAGCAUAAAUUUAUUACAAUCUUUUAUCUGUCUCCAAUAUGGUUAAGUUAAAUAGAAAUUAUCUUUGAUGAAUGUUUUAUCAAUAGUUGUGCAAUUAUCAAUAUAUACAUAGUAUUUUCUGUGUUUAA